CCACCAUCUCUCUCACCAAACGUCGAUCUCUAUGCUUCGUACUACUGAACAUCUCUGCUUCAUCUGCCUUGCGUAAUUUCAUGAUCCUGCAUUCCCUUUUAACAAGGCAUCGCCAACGGGGCAUUGAAGACGGCUCCCUCGUCUUGUGUUAGACCUCGGUCGCUUCAUCACCCGUCUAUCUCUCUCGUCCCCCGACUCCUCGUUAUCGGCUCCCCCCCUCUACCAUGGACGUCCUCCCCACGGAGCUCCUGGACGCCAUUCUACAACAAUGCAUCGAUCAGGGGCCCCGAAAUGAUGUUCUUGAGCUGCGCCUCGUGUGCAGCGCAUUCGAUUGCUACCUAAAGCCAUACGUCUGCCGGACUGUUGCUCUCGAGUUCAGUCGGCUCAGUGCUGCCAGCGGCCGUCGUCGACCUGACCCUGAUGCUCUCCAAACCAUCGGGAAGCACUGCAAGGCCCUGUACAUCGACCUGACCAUUCUCCGGGAUGAAUUCGAAGUCGAGUUCCUCUCCACCAUCUUCGACGAAGUUCCGAGCAUGACGCACUUUAUCCGGACCCUCCAGAACCGAUACUCUAUGUGCGAAACCUCUUUCACAGAGAUCGAGUACCGCCGCGUCGUCGAAGAAGUCCUCUUCAAUUGCCGCUACAUUGAACGCCUCCGCGUCGACCUCCCCUUUCAGUUUGUGGACCAGCGUUGCAACGCCGCCACCAUGAUCCUCGCCAACACCUUCUCCGUCCUCGCCGACCGUCUCUCCGAAGAGGACUCUGUUCCCCUGCGCACUCUCGUGCUGGAAAACCUGGCAGAUCCUACUAUAGACAACCUGUGGAUUAACCCCUGUGAUGUCUUCAAUAUUAUGCGAGUCCUUCUUCACCUCGAGAACCUCGUCAUGACCAUACGCCGUCCCCGCCACACCUCUCUCCUCUGGCACCUCACUCGCCAUGCCGAACAUCUCCGCACGCUUUGCCUCAUUGGCAACGAUGACGAUCGUCGCCCCCCGCGCGGCCUCAAGCAGACCAAGGCCUGGCAUGUGCCUCUACUUGAAUGGCACGCCCGCUCUCUACCCGAACCGCCCCUGACUGGACGCGACGGCCAGGCCCUCCUCAUCCUCCCCCACCUGACAUGCCUGGAGCUGAAGCGUCUCGAACUCGCCCCCGACGUCCUCCCCGCUAUCGCCCAAGCCUUCGGCUCAACGCUGCGCGAGCUCUACCUUAACGAGGUAUAUCUCAAAGCCGAGCAGGGCCGCCACAUCAACCCAGACUCCACCCAGUUCCUCUGGAUCGGCCUCCCCAACCAGCGCCCGGGGCCGGACGACCUGUGGAUGGCCAUGCUGAUCCGGUCCCGCUGCCCUUCCCUCCGCAUCUGCCGCGCCGCCUUUCUGGGCUACGACCAACUCAUCCGCGACGACGUGCUCCACCACAACGGGGCCGACAUCCACGGCACCACCGGCACCCUCUCCUUCGCCUCGCCGGAGUUCGACUUCCUAGACCCCAGCGGCCUAGGCCGCAGCGUCGCCCAGCGCUUCGUCGAGGUCGUCCUCGGCAUCGCCCAGCCGCGCGCCCCGCCCCCGGACGGCCGCCCCAUCACGUACCUGCCCCCUUCGCCCAAGGACGACCACCUCCUCGACGAGCUCCGGCCCCGGCCGCCCGCCUUCCGCGCCGCCGACUACGACGUCAACGCCUACCAGACCGCCGUCCACAACCCGACGAGCCGCUGGCAGCGCAGCCUCGACGGCGUCUUCCCCAGCUGCAACGCCGGCACGCUUGCGGAACUCCACUACAUCGCCGAGACGGCCUCCCAGGGCAUGAGCGAGAUUCAGCGCGGGCGCAGGCAGGAGCUGGGAAUUCGGGAAAGGGACCUCGUCGACGCGGUGACGGUUGUGGGUGGUGCUCCGGUAGCUGAUGACGACGUGCUCUAGCAGCAUCCUGGAGACCCGGUGUGAGGAGGACCGGCUGCUUAGGGAGGGGGG